GAUAAAGUGCCGCUAAACUCUUUUCAGUUUUCAAGUGUUUUCUCUUCCGGAUUUGCGAUACGCCAUUAAGCGAGAACGAGUCGUUUUAUGAUACACGUCAGCUUUGGCAUCAGAGUAUGAAUAGGAGAGUAGGAGACGUUGAGUGAGCGACGCCGGGAGGUGCUGCAGAGGCAGAACAGAAUUCCAGCCAUCGUUACUCUUCUGCGUCUGACGACGACGAUGAUGAUGACGACGACGACGAAGACAUUGAAAGGUGCGAGCAAGAUGAGAGGCUUGAGCCUCGUCUUAGGACUCUGCAACUUCUUUAUCCUCCUCAUUGGUGCCUACCUCAUCUUCCAAAUCCACUCCCUCUGCCGCCCCCGUUUCCUCCCUCCUUUCGCCAUCGUCUCCGUCGCCGCCCUCCUCCGCCUCUUACUCAUGCUCCGCACCGCCCUCGCCCAACAGGUCGCCGCGCAAUUCAUCCUCAACUCCCCCUCCGACGCCUCCACCGACUCUCUUCUCCGCCUCCAUCGCCGCGAAAAGUACAAGAAAUGGCUUUGGUGGAGUCGCUGCACAUCCGUCUUCACCGUGAUUCAGUUCGUCUGCGCCGGUUACCUCUUAAUCAAGUCUCCUGCCUAUUUAUCCACCGAUUCCGCUUGUCCUUUAGUCAUGCAAUUUUCGUAAUGCAGCGAUGGAAUGGAAAUCGCAGUUGUGGAAGCAGAGGCUGCUCUCUUUCUUCAUGAUCAUGGUGAGUUUUGUCGCCGUACUGCAGUGUUUUGCAGGAUCUGAUGUUCUCAGAUGGAGAUCUUUCUAUGAAUCACAAGAUGAUGCUUGGAAAUGCCAUUAUAGGGAGGUAUUCGACAAUGGCAUUCGCGAAACUUUGUGUUGUCUCGGCCGGGUUAAAUACUUGAGUGCAUUGGAAGAGGAUGAGGUCUAUUCAGUGGCACGAUUACUAGGCGAUCUUGUUGCUUAUCGAGCUACGGGAACUGGCCAUAUGGAACUCUUGGCAGGUUUAACAUUACUUCAAAGCCAAGAGAACUCUUCAGAAUCCUAUGAAGAUGCCAUAGAACCACCAGAGGCGAAAAUGAGGGAGGCUGCAGCUCUUCAUAAAUUUGCUGAAGCUGCAUAUACAGGUCCAUUGCUUGAUUUGGGACGAAAUCCUUUCCUAUUUCCAUGUGCAUGGCUCUAUAGACAAGGGAUUUUAUCUCCUUGGUCACGCAAUAGCCGACCCGUAUUGGAGGGCGAUAACUGGUGGCGAGGUCAUGCAGCAGCAUUUUUAAAGUAUGUUAAUUUGCCUCCAGAAGUGCUCAGACAAGGGCGAGUCAGCCAGUUCAAGUGUCAAGCUGCAUACUUUAUUGUGGUUCUGCAUCAUCUGAGGACUGUAGUAAUUACUAUACGUGGAACUGAAACUCCUGAGGACCUAAUAACUGAUGGGUUAUGCAAGGAAUGCACCCUUUCUACAAAAGACUUGGCUGGUUUGACUAACUGCAGCCACAUUCCUUCCAAUAUAAAGAAAAUUGUUACUUCAUCUUUCCCACAUCAUGCACAUUCUGGUAUAGUGGAGGCUGCACGUGAGCUUUUUAUGCAGAUUGAAGGAAAUGCUGAUAUACACGGCACUGAAUCUUAUGGGCUUCUUUCUCAAUUACUUGGAGUUGGUUGUGAGUGCUAUGGGUAUAACAUUCGCAUAGUUGGGCAUUCGCUUGGGGGUGCUAUAGCAGCAUUACUUGGAUUGCAACUUUAUAGUCGAUACCCUAACCUGCAUGUUUAUUCAUUUGGGCCACUCCCAUGUGUGGAUUUUGUUGUGGCAAAUGCUUGCUCAGAAUUUAUAACAAGCAUUAUAUAUGGUAAUGAAUUUUCAUCACGCCUUUCAAUCGGAUCUGUUAUGAGGCUAAGGGCAGCUGCAAUCACAUCACUGUCGCAAGAUCCUAAAGCAGAUAGUGCCAUGAUUUUCAGGCUUGCCCAUCGGUUUCUGAAUGUAAGCAACUAUCAGAGAAAUAAAUCUGAGGCAGAGGAUCAACCUGAUUAUUAUUCAGGGUCCAAUGUUCAGGAAAAUCUAAACCAUCAAAUCUGCAAAAGCCAGUGUGAGACUGAUGAAAGAGGUAGUAAGAAACAAGACGCCGAGAAACCCAAAAGGGAGCGUGCUGUUGCAGCUGAGCAUUGCCAAUAUGCAAAUCCUUUUGACUCUGAAGAAGGCAAUGAGUGUGGAGAAUAUACGCUCUGGGCUGACACCAAGGGAAAGGACCAUAUUGUUGAAAUUGAUAAUGCUGAACUUACAAAUCCUUUUGCUACAGAUGCAAGUUCAGUUGAUGAUCCAGUGACUCAGUUUAUAGACACUGUUCCAAGUUCUAAAUCGCAUUCUGAUAGUGAUCCCCCGGAAAUGUAUCUGCCAGGACUUGUCAUUCAUAUUAUACCUGUACAGAAUAAACCUCAAACUUCAAUUAAGCCAUGGCGAAUUGGGGGUUCAGGAAGAUCUUAUAAAGCUUACUUAGCAAACAGAGAGAACUUCAAAGAUAUUAUUGUUUCACCAUCCAUGUUCCUUGACCAUCUCCCCUGGAGAUGUCAUGAUGCGUUGAAAAAGUUAAUGAAAUCUGUAGAUGAUUAAUGGAACCAACCUCACAUCAUCUGGUUCUCACUCUGCCAUUAACACUGAGUCUCAACGGGAUUAUUUUUUGGAUCCAGGUUUCUUAUAGUUUUGCUUACAAUUGCGAUUAAGAUUUAUAACAGAGAAUAAGCAUUCAAUCUUGACAAGUUCGCUCUUCAAUAACAUAAUUGGAGGACUGUGUUGAGAAGAAAAUACCAUUAUAAUUCAACACCAUACUUCAACAGUUACUGCAACUUUAUACUUUCAAAAUGUGCCAACAUGAUCAGCUUUUACUACACACGUUACCAUGUGAUUUUGCCAUAGAAUAGUGGAACCAAUUUCUCUCUUUCUUUCUCUCAUCUCCCCGGAAAUAGAACAAAGUUUAUAUAUAUAGUAGGGAAGCUAGUUUUCUUUUUCUUUCUUUUUUAUUUAUUUUUUGUUACAAAAGUAUUUAGAACAUUGAAUGACUCUAUAUUGGAUCAUUAUUAUUUGCAUUA